AUGUCUUCUGAUCUUCUCAAAUCCAUUCCUCUGCCGUCUGUCGACCGGCCAUUUGGCAUUCACCUAUGGCCUAUUUUCGAGAAGGCCUUUACAGCCGUGAUGGGCUACGCCCCUCAGGAUUUCCGCUUCGUUGACGGCAAAACGCCCAUGUCCACCCUGUCCGCCACCGCUACGAUGCUUGUGACCUACUAUGUGGUCAUCUUUGGUGGCCGCGAAAUCAUGCGCAACCGUCCAGCAUUCAAGGCGAACGGUCUUUUCAAGAUCCACAACUUCUACCUGACCGCAAUCAGUGCCAUUUUGUUGGCUCUCUUCAUUGAGCAGCUGCUGCCGACUUUGGUCAGAGGCGGCACCUUCCAUGCUAUUUGCAACUACGACGGUGGUUGGACUAAUGAGCUCGUGAUCCUCUACUACCUUAACUACCUGACCAAAUACCUCGAAUUGAUUGACACCGUCUUCCUGGUGGUUAAGAAGAAGCCGUUGACCUUCCUUCACACCUACCAUCACGGUGCUACCGCUCUCCUCUGCUACACUCAGCUCAUCGGCCACACUGCCGUCUCCUGGGUUCCCAUUACCUUGAACUUGACCGUCCACGUUGUUAUGUACUGGUACUACUUCCAGAGUGCUCGCGGUAUCCGCAUCUGGUGGAAGCAGUGGAUCACCCGUCUUCAGAUUAUCCAAUUCGUUAUUGACCUUGGUUUUGUCUACUUUGCCUCCUACACCUACUUCACCAGCACCUACUUCCCCUGGCUGCCUAACGCUGGCAGCUGCGCCGGUGAGGAGUUUGCUGCCUUCUCCGGUAUCGCCAUCCUCAGCUCCUACCUCCUCCUCUUCAUCUCUUUCUACCUGGCCACCUACAAGAAGUCGGGCAAGAAGGGCUCCGGCGCCGCCAAGAAGGCCGUUGUCGACAUGAAGAACGUUCAGGUCCCCACUGUUGAAGACACCGUCCACGAGACCAAGGCGGUGCUUGCCAACGGCAACGGCGUGGCAACUGCAAACGGUGCCAGCCCCAAGGGCCCCGUCACUCGCUCGCGCAAGGCCUAA